CUGAGGGAGCGUCACACAAGAGGCCUCUGUGGUGAGUUACUGCUGAAGGUGCUGUUGUCAUUCAUCUACCUACAAUAUGAUGAGUGGUCUGAUAGAUAUCCUGCAGUUCUUGACCUGAACCUGGUGGACUGGUGGAGGAUGAAACAGAGCAAAUGGCUGUUUAAAUACUCAUCAAAACUGAGAGCCAAACGACUUGGGAGCUGGUGACUGGAUAGAGGAGGUGACCACGAACAGUCAUGGGAUGUGGCGUCACGAAGUCCGACCAUUUCCACAAAACAUCUGGUAAAGCCGUCACAACUAUAAAAUCUGCCAUCCUGAUUCAGCGAUGGUACCGUCAGUAUGUCGCCCGCACAGAGAUGAGACGGAGAUACACCUGGCACAUCUUCCAGUCCAUCGAAUACUCCGGUGAACAGGCUCAGAUAAAACUUUACAACUUUCUCGGCUACCUCAUGGAUAAUUUCACACCUACAAGCAAUGAACGGAAUUUGAUCUCACACAUCUUCAGAGAGAACGAGAUCUGUCGCGAUGCAGAGUGGGAGAGGUACUUCUGCUACAAGAACAUCGAAGUGCCAGAGAUUUACUCAGGACCUCACCUCACCUUCCCUCUGACGGUGGAGCAGGCGGUUGGGCUGGUGGAGGCCUUCAGGAACAAGAAACAGCUGCAUUCACGUUACGUCCUCCAGCUGCUGCUUGAGACUUGGAAACAGCUCCGGAUGUUGCCAAAUAUCAACCGUGUCUCCACCUGCCGCAGCAAAGAAAUCACUAUUUGUGGUGAUUUGCAUGGACAACUGGAAGACCUGCUGCUGAUUUUCUACAAGAACGGCAUGCCGUCCUUGGAGAAGCCCUACGUGUUUAACGGAGACUUUGUAGACCGAGGCAAAGACUCCAUCGAGAUCCUCAUUAUCCUGUUUUCAUUUCUGCUCGUCUAUCCGAGUGACGUCUACCUCAACAGAGGAAACCACGAGGACCACAUAGUCAACCUGAGGUACGGCUUCACGAAGGAGGUGUUGACGAAAUACAAGAUGCACGGCAAACGUAUCCUGAAGCUGCUGCAGAAGAUUUUCAGCUGGUUGCCGUUAGCGACAGUAAUCGAUCAGAAGGUGCUUGUACUCCACGGAGGGAUUUCAGACACCACAGACCUCGGCCUCCUCGCCAGAUUGGACAGACACAAUUAUGUCUCAGCGCUGAGGCCUCCAAAGAAGAGAUACCACAGCUCAGCGGGGUUGUCCAUCGACUCGGACAUGGAUGAGGAGGUCUUGUCCAACCACCGGAUCUUCCAGCGUCGGACUUCCCUCACGUUUCCCAAACCCCUUGGGACCCGCGACAGCUUCCAGAACCGCUCGCUGCAGGACUUCUCUGACCGGAUCAAAGUGAACACGGUGGAUGAGGUGGAGAUCAACAAGAGGAGACAGUCCAUUUUCAACGCAGCGAUCAACAAACCAGAGAAUGAGUUGUCUUCGUCUUUGUCCAAUGAGUCUAUCAACAGUGAUCAUUCCAAAGACGAGUGGAAACAGAUCCUGGACCUGCUGUGGAGCGACCCGAUGAACCAGGACGGCUGCAUGCCCAACGAGGUGCGGGGCGGAGGCUGCUACUGGGGCCCCGACGUCACCGAGGACUUCCUGAACAAACACGGCCUGCAGCUCAUCAUCCGCUCCCACGAGUGCAAACAGGACGGUUACGAGUUCUGCCACAACCGUAAUGUCCUCACUCUGUUCUCCGCCUCCAAUUACUACGACGUGGGAAGCAACAGGGGGGCGUAUGUGAAGUUGGGUCCAGACCUUGUGCCUCAUUUACUUCAGUACCAGGCCAGCAGCAUGAUCAGAGAGCUCACCAUAAGACAAAGUGUCGGGCAAACUGAGCGCUCAGCCCUCAGAGUCCUGCGGGAGCAGCUGUUUGCGCACAAAUCUGACCUCAUCUGUGCCUUCAAAAAGUUUGACAGCGAGAACACAGGUCUUGUGUCUCUGAACGACUGGGCCUCUGCAGUGGAGAGCGUGAUGCACCUCAGUCUGCCCUGGAGGAUGCUGCGCUAUCAGCUGUUCACCAGUAAGAGCAGUGACGGCAUGAUAAACUACUACGAGUGGUUCAACGAGCUCGCCAUCAAAGGACCCAACACGGAUCACAUUGACCAGAGUCUGCUGGAGACUUUGUAUCGCCAUCGCUCCACCUUGGAGACCAUCUUCAGGAUCGUAGACACAGACAACUCAGGCUUCAUCACCAUCGAGGACUUCCGGCAGACCUGGAAGCUGCUGAGCGUCUACCUAAAGAUGGAGAUCACGGACGACGCCAUCUCCGACCUGGCCGUCACUAUUGACCGCAACAAUGACGGCAGCAUUGACAUCGAAGAGUUCAUGGAGGCCUUCCGCCUCACAGACAAGAAGAGCCGGCUGGAGCGAGGGCGCAGCAUGUUCAUGGGGACGGGCACUGACCUCACCAAGCUGGAGGGAGAUCCCAGCAUUUGAGGAGAGAGACUGGGAACAGAGAGCGACCUCAGCUCAGACUCAGAGGGUAGGGGGAGGGAGGAAGGUGAGAUGAAGGCAACGCAAGCUGCUUUAAUGACGCACAUUGAGACGUAGGAUGCUGCUGAGCAACAGUAGAUCACAUGGGAUUAGAGGGAGGAUAGAGUUCAGGGUAUUUGACAGCGAAUGUUCAUUUCGCAUUUUGAUGCAGUUUUAUCCACUGAGGAAGAGACUGAAACACGACUGCAUCACGUCUCAUUUAUUAAGUGAGAAGCAUUUAAAACUGUUGCAAAGCAAAAUCCACAAACACAGAAACAAAAAGGCGUCAUAUUUACACUGCACGAUUAUUACAAGAAUAAUAAUAAUAGAUGUUGCAUUAAAAUCCAUUUCUUUUGUUGUUUUCAACAUGUUUUGACUCGUUAAAGGUAACGAAAAGAGUAACACCUGCACACUGACACAGAGACAAUUAUACAUAACAUUAAUCAAGUAAUAUCUAAAAAAACAUCGAAUGCAGUUGUAAAUUACACAAAAAUAAACAUGACAAUAUUGCACAUAACAAACAACAUUUAAAAUGUAUUUAACUAGAAACCCUACAGUCAUAUUAGGGCUGCAACUAAUUAUUUUUAUGACUGAUUUAUCUGCCAAUUGAUCACUUGUGUUUACUAUUUGGUCCAUACAACAUCAGAAAAAUGUUUAUUACCAUUUACUUGAUGCAAAGGUGAUGUCACUAAAUGCCUUGUUUUGUCUGACCAGAAAACCAAAACCUUAGUUUAGUUUAUUUUGGUCAUUUUCUAUCUUAUAAAACUUAAAUAUGCACCAUACAGUCUAUGAUAUGCACAAGAAAAUAAAUAAAUAAUUGAAUAAUUAUUUGCAAUGCAGUGACAACUUUUGCUGACCGAAAAGGGGGUAAACUGAAACUUUAGCCUAAACCCUCUUUACAUAUAUUGUUUUGUACCUUUCCGUUUAGAUUCAUACAAUGAAAAUGAAAGAAACAAGCAAAUCAAUAUACCUGUGUAUAUAUAUAUAUAUAUAUAUAUAUAUACACCUAAACGUCCCAAAUAUUACAUUUACUAUGAUGUUUGAACAAGAAAUAAGGGCAAAUGUUCUCAUUUGACAACCAUAAAUCAGGGAAUCUUUGUCUUUUACUUGAAAAAAAAUGACUCAAGCAAUUCAUUACUAAUCAAAAUAGUUGGGCCUUAAUUUUCUUAAUUGAUAAAUUGACUAAUUGUUGCCGCUCUGCUCCAUAAAAUGUGAAAAAAUGCCCAUCACAAUUUCCCAGAUGCCUUCUCAAAUGGCUUGUUUUGUUCAACCAACAGCCCAAAAACAGCAAUAUUCAGUUUACAGUGAUAAAAAAAAUGGAGCAAAUCCUCACAUUUUGAUCCCAGUGAACCAUUUUCACUUGAAAAACUGAAAAUGAUUAUUUUUCUGUUGAUUCCCUAAAAUUAUUCAGUGUGCAGGUGUUAAUCUGUUCAUUUCCAGUAGCCUUGUAUCAACAUGUGAGGUGCGAAUAACUACACGCCUCCUAAAGACUUUAUAGAAACCAGACACUUAAAAAAACAAACCAAAAAACAGUAUAUGAUAAUAAGCUUUAUUAUAUAUAUAUAUUAUGGGC